ACCAAGAUGGAGUCGGAGCCGGGAGAGCAGGUGAAAGUGGCCGUCCUGGCCAGCGGGGCCUUCAAUCCUAUAACUAAUCUCCACCUUCGGAUGUUCGAGGCCGCCCGGGAUUACUUACAGAAGAAAGGAAACUUCACUGUUGUAGCAGGUAUCAUCUCCCCAAUCAGUCAUGACAAUAAGAAACAGGAAUUGGUGUCUAGUCGACACAGGGUGGAAAUGUGCAAGAUUUCUCUGCAAGAUUCCAAAUGGAUAAGAGUUGACGCCUGGGAAAGCACUCAAGAUGGCCAUGUGAGACCUCUAAACCUGUUACGUCACCACAAGACAGCCUUGGAGAGGAGAUUUAAGAUCAGCAGUCCAUGCUGUACCCAACCAGUCAAGAACCAGAACAAACCGCUUCCUCCGCCGCCAAACACCAACAAAGAGCUGAACGGAAAACCAAUAGGAUGGUACAAAUACGGCGUUGAUAUCCUACAGAACUUCUGCUGCCCUGCCUAUUUGGACCAGGAAAAUCAGAAUACAGAUGAUGCUCAACAGAUUGAAAUACCAAAGAAGAAAGGCAUCACCGUUCUGCUGCUUUGCAGUCAAGAAAUGCUGGAGGCGUUUGCAAAACCUGGAGUCUGGAGGCAAAACGAGGUGGUGGACAUAUUGAAGCACUUUGGCUUGGUCUGCAUAGCACGUGACGGUUUUAACCCAGAACAGGUCAUAUAUGAAUCCGAUGUACUCUCUCAAUACAAGGAGAGUAUCCACAUUGUGACUGACUGGAUUGAGAACGAGAUCAUACCAACCAAAGUGAGGAGAGCACUGCGUCGAAAACAAAGUGUGAAGUAUCUUCUUCCGGACGGGGUCAUCAACUACAUCAGGAAACACAAGCUUUACCAAACAAAGACCACGGAUGACAAUGCAAACGUCAUCAGGAUUACAGACAACAGGGACAUCACUAUCUCGGUAGAUGAGUCUAUCAUGCCCUACCAGACAGACAACAAAACUUUCUAUAAGGACAACAGGACCGCAUCUAAAGAAGAUAUUGACGAAGAGGAAGAGGAAGAAGUUAAGAUGACCUUGGAAGAUGUCGCGGUCAAGGUGACAGCGAUAGAAAGACGUGUGAGGGAGUUUGACAUGAGGGUAAGGGAGGUGGAAGACGCUGUCAACGGCAAGUUCGAUCUGUACAACAGGUCUUCUUUCUAUAGCGAAGAGUCCGGUCUGGGGGACUCGAUGUCGGAGGGAGACGUUGAUGACAUCACUGAGCUUACUGACGAAGAAGAGGAUGAAAACAACACAGACUCUGAGAAGGUCAUGAAAUGGACGAGACCAUCGGUUCAUCUGGGAGCAGCGGAACGUCUCGAGGUUCUCUUGAAGGAAAGCAAGGAGGCCACAUGCUUCAGUGGCAAAAAAGACAUGCACGUUCACUUUGCCGCGGACGUUGAUGAAGGUUUCACAUCUCCAACCGACAAGCUCCACAGAGACAUCCACUACUCCAAGGACUAUCUGCCGAAGAGGAUCCGAAAAACACGCCUGGACCCGUUGGACAAAGAUAGUGAGAACAGGUAUAUGUCAUUGAGGAAGUGUCGACUUGAGGCAGCCUUGGGCUCUACGGAUAAGUUGAACAACAAUCUACACUUCGUGUUGGAGCCACCGGGGAGGGCACAGCCGGCAACCUGUAAAGCCGAGAGAUCGCCCCCGGCGGAGGCAAAGCCAAACAACGACAACGCUGAAGAUGCAUCCGGCUCGCAGCAACUCACGGCCGAGCGGAAAUCACCAAGGUACCACGGGAAGAUCUCGCCGUCCAAGGAGUUCUACAUGUGGGGCAUCAAAUUCUGCUCCUCGGAAAGUCUUGAUGAAGAAGCUAACAGGGAGCGCAAGGAGAGGACCUGCCAUCAUCACCAUCAUCACCACCGUCGGCACGCCAGGGAGAACCAGGAGCCCAGGCAGCAGGGAGACGGCCAGGCUGGGCAGACAACUGACCCGGAUCCCGACACAGAGAAGAAAGUCGACACACCAGAUGCGAACAAGAAAGACGAGGCAACAUCGAUGGAAAAACAAAGUCAACUCGAAGCUGUGCAACCGGAGAAGAAGGAGGAUGGUGUCGGCAUCAGCGGCAUUCCUGAGGUGAGGAUAACAAACCAUUCACCGACCGUAGAGCCUCCAGAAGAAGAACUCAAUCAGCUCUCCCAGAGCACCGGCGGUACGGACAAAGAAGAAGCUGAGGCAGCAGAAAAGUCGAGAGAUAUCGACCAAACGACCGAGAACGUGGCUGCAGCUGAAGAAGAAGGUGCCACUGCGGAAUACACCACGGAACAGCAAAAGAAGCGGGCGUCAUUAAAGCUGGACUUUUCAGUGAAGAGUCCGAGGAAAGCUAAUUCCGAAACUGUCUGGCAUCUGAUCGAAUCUGACAAAAAGAGCUUUACAGUUAUGGUGGAUGAUGUAGACAAGAGGCUUACAGGAGCGAUUGGAGACCCUACCUGGGUUUGACCACUUCAGUAGCUUACAAUUCUUUAAAUUGCACUGCACGAAAAGUUGUAUUUACCAAAGGUUGUAAACUCAGGUAAUGUUUACUAUUUAC